CUUAAUAGCUCGUUGGUUCUAAUCACAGUAAUUAGUUAUUUAUGGAGAGGUUAUGUUUAUGUUAUGGUUGGUUAUGCCUAUAACAUUUGUAGAUAGUGCUAAUUCUAGAUUAUAUUGAUUUAUUUUUUCUAAAUAUCACAAUAAUUCUGAACGUAUUAAAUAUAGUUGAUAUACAAAAUCUCAGACAUCAAACAGUGGAGCUUUUGAAACCUAAUUUAUGAGAAACCAAACUUAGGAAAAUGCUGACUUUGCGCUUUAAUUCGUUGGCAUGUAAAAAGUUCCUCCAACUGAGUGGAUGUCAAGGAAUUGGAACACCUUCACUAAAAUCAGUUAUACAACAUAAGUUUCACUCAUUUGGUUCAAGAUGUCAACUUUCCAAGCCAGGAACUCAAUUGAAUUCUACUAGCAAGUUCUCUUUAGGCAAACGGUUACAAACAACUGCUGCGAUACGUAUUGAGAAAGCCGUUGUUAAGCCGGCCAACCACAAAGCAGUGGGCUACUGGCUGCUGGGGUGCAGUGGAAUGGUGUUUGGCGCUGUCAUCUUGGGUGGUGUGACAAGACUAACGGAGUCGGGUCUGUCGAUGGUGACCUGGCGACUCUUGGGGGAGAAAUUGCCCAUCACUGAAUCAGAAUGGAAGGCUGAGUUUGCCAAGUAUCAGCAGUAUCCGGAAUUUAAAAUGAAAAAUCAGAGCAUCACAUUAGAGGAGUUCAAAUGGAUCUGGUGGAUGGAAUACGGGCAUCGGAUGUGGGGCAGACUCAUAGGCGCUAGCUUCUAUAUGCCGGCCACAUUCUUCUGGGCCAAGGGCUGGUUAACGCCUGUCAUGAAGAAACGUGUUGCCUUUUUCGGGGCCUUAAUUGCUGCUCAGGGUCUUAUGGGUUGGUACAUGGUGAAAUCGGGCUUGGAGGAUAGGUUUGACGGCCCAAGCGAUGUGCCCAGGGUAUCUCAGUACAGAUUAGCCAGUCAUCUCAGUUUAGCAUUCAUUCUGUAUUCACUUCUCCUGUCCUCAUCUCUCGACGUGCUUUUGCCGGCACAAAAGGUUGAUCUAGCUACUAUCACAAAGUUGAGCACUCGAUUUAGGAUGCUGGCACAUUCAUGCAAAGGAAUGGUGUUCUUAACUGCGCUAUCGGGAGCUUUUGUAGCUGGUCUUGAUGCUGGUUUAGUAUACAACUCAUUCCCACUUAUGGGAAAUGGAUUGAUUCCAAGUGAUAUUCUCAGUAUGAAACCUGCAAUAACAAAUUUCACAGAAAAUCCAACCACCGUUCAAUUUGAUCAUAGAAUUUUGGGAACCACUACUCUGUGCUUGAUCUCUGGCAUGUGGCUGCUAUCGCGGAAGAGGACAUUACCUGCCAGGGCUUACAAGGCAGCCACUGCUAUGGCGACUAUGGCUUGGAUGCAGGUGGCUCUCGGAAUCUCUACUCUUGUGAUGUAUGUUCCUGUUUCAUUAGCUGCUGCUCAUCAAUCAGGAUCCCUUGUUCUGCUCUCUCUGGCUGUUUGGCUGUCACAUGAGUUGAAGCAUGUCAAGAGAGUCGUCAAAUGAACCUGAUUUUGAAUAAGAUUUGGUGAAAAAACUGUCAUCGUUGUUAUUCUCAAGCGAAACUUCUAGAAUCUAGUCAAUCAUUUGAGUGAAUAGAUAAAUUUACUGAGAUCA